AUGGUCGCCUACACUUCCCUCGCCGCCGCGGCAGCCUUCUUCUUCGGCCUCACCGCCGCCGCACCCCCCACCGUCCGCUCCACGGGCGUCGUCCACCGCAUCUUCGCCGGCAGCACCGUCGAGAACGGCGGUCUGCACUUCGAGCCGCAGAACGUCGUCGCCGAAAUCGGCGACCUCAUCGAGUUCCACUUCCUGCCCAAGAACCACACCAUGGUGCAGUCGUCGUUCGACAAGCCGUGCGAGCCGCUCGCCGGCGGCGCCGGCAUCUUCGCCGGCUUCAACUUCGCCACCAAGGAGGGCGAGGCGCCCAACGUGUUCCAGUUCACCGUCAAGGACACCCAGCCCUUCUGGUACUACUGCAGCCAGACAGCCGGCAAUCAUUGCCAGAGCGGCAUGAGCGGCGUUAUCAAUCAGAACUUCAACAGCGAUAAGACGCUCGCGAAGUAUAAGGAGAUGGCGAAGAAUACGGUCACGAAGCAGCCUUCUGCUGACCCGCUGGCUUCGCAGGGUGGGUGGAUCGUGCCGAAUAAGCCUUUCGCGUUUCUAGCUUUCUUGAAAUGGGAAGCUGUGGUAGGCUGGUGGGGUGGAGGGGACGGGUGGAACUCCGGGGAUUAUGUUGGCAUUGAAUGGUCUGACCGGCGACGAGCUUGCGACUUCGGACGAAACAAUCUCGUCUGA